AUGAAGGUAUUUUUUGAAUAUCGAUACCGUAAUCAUUCUCAAACCGAUAAACUUCCAGGCCGUGAGAAAGUGCUGAUAGCAUCGGGCAUGAAUGUGAAAGCUAUCGAACUCUACAAUAUAUAUGGUAUUGCUACUUCAGAGGCAUUUCCUAUCUAUUCCCCGCCAUUACCAAAUGUAUCUGAUUGGCUUAUUCGAUCUACACGGUGGCGCGAAAUGCCAGUAUGGACAUUCAAACAGCGAUUCCCCGACCUAGUCCUUCUAAAGAACCUCGACUUCGGUGCGCUGCUCGUCGACUCCUGUUCAUCCGGAAAACAAGCGAUUGAAACAGUUGUCAGAGCGGAAACGCAAUGUUUCCGUUUUAACCAAGCCGGCAGAAAUAUUACCAUCGUGCCGGGUUCGGUAUUCGGCUAUGUUUCCGGUCUACAUGGAGAUUCGCAAGAAGCCCUCAAGGGCUACUUCUCUUCCGGCGAUGCAGCAGCUGCUCUU